GACCAGGAACUGGUGGCUGUAGCCACUUGCCAGGUUCUUUCCAUCAUCCUGGGUCCUCAUCUCUGGCAUGGGUUCUGUUCUGCCUAGGUAGUAGGUGCCCAUCCAGGGAGGCACCUGCCAUCUGCUUCCCAAGCCUCCCAGGGCAGCCCUGGACUCCAGCUGGUGGAGGAGAGACGCCGCGGACGCUCAUGGCGGGCUUGGAAGUGCUGUACGCCUCGGCGGCGCCGGUCAUCACCUGCGCGCAGGACGCGCUCGUCUGUUUCCUGCACUGGGAGGUGGUGACCCACGGCUACUCCGUCGUGGGUGCAGGCGACCAGCCAAGUCCCAGUGAUAAGAAAUCAGAACUGCUGCCGGCUGGGUGGAACAGCAACAAAGACCUGUACAUCCUUCGGUAUGAGGCCAAGGAUGGGUCCAAAAAGCUCCUCGUGAAGGCUGUCACCGUGGAGAACAGCGUGAUCAUUAAUGUGUUGGAAUGUGGCUCACAGCAAGUGGCAGACUUGACUCUGAACUUGGAUGAUUAUAUCAGUGCAGAAGACCUGGGUGAUUUCCACAGGACCUACAAGAACAGUGAAGAGCUGCGGUCUCGCAUCGCGUCUGGAAUCAUUACACCUAUCCAUGAGCAGUGGAACAAGGCUAACGUAAACACUCCCCCACGGGAGUUUCCCCCUGCCACCGCCAGAGAAGUGGACCCGCUCCGGAUUCCUCCGCACCACCCACACACCAGCCGCCAGCCUCCUUGGUGUGAUCCCCUGGGUCCGUUUGCUGUCGGGGGAGAGGACCUAGACCCCUUUGGGUGUCGAAGAGGUGGAAUGAUUGUGGAUCCCCUGAGAUCUGGCUUUCCAAGAGCACUUAUUGACCCAUCCUCAGGCCUCCCGAACCGGCUUCCGCCAGGCGCUGUACCCCCAGGAGCUCGCUUUGACCCUUUUGGACCCAUUGGAACCAGCCCAUCAGGACCAAACCCCGACCAUCUCCCCCCACCGGGCUACGAUGACAUGUACCUGUGAAGGCCUCAAGAAUGUAACACCCCAGCCUUCCCUCCACUCUCCUGGAGCUGCCACCACUGGCCCCGUCAGCAGCAGUGUUAUCACGGGUUGGGAGCAAGGGACUUUGCCCAUGUGUUUGCAUGCUGGCUGGGGUUGCCUCCCCUGCCCUAAUCAGAGCCAAGGCACCUGCUGCAGCUCUCCACCUGGCUGCAUAUAGGUCCCAAAGAAAAAUCAGUGUCUUUCUCAUUACCAGCUCCUCCCCGUUUCCCAAGGGAGCCUCCGGCAACAUACACCCUCCACCCGAUGCAGUCCCAGCUGCAGCGCUGUAAGAACAGAACGCAUUUUGGAUGUUAUUAUUAAGAACCAAAUGUCAAUACAAAAUUCAAGUUGCCGGUC